UUGUUGAAAUUCAUAAUAUUAUCUCGGAUUUUGAGAAGGCUUGAAUUUUUUUUUUAAAAACGACAAAAAAAAUGAUGUAAACUUGUUGAACGUGGCCGACGUGAAAUUCCCUCUAUAAUCUCGUCCCUAUUUGCUUCAUCAUCUGGAGCUUUCCACUACUUCACACUUGUCUCCCACUCUCAGUGUGUGUGUGUGCUUAUAUAGAGUUUGAUUGUUGUGUUGUGACAGGGCAUCAAUUAUCAAUCAAUCAUCAAUGGAGGAUGGGAGGAAGGAGAAGGAAGAGCCUUUGUUGGAGAGGGCUCAAGAAAAGGGGGGUUUUAGGACUUUGCCUUUUAUAAUUGGGAACGAGGCACUGGAGAAGAUGGCAACUUUCGGGCUGUCGCCAAACAUGACUCUGUAUUUGAUCAACGAGUAUCAUAUGCAGAUGACAACCACUGCAAACUUGUUGUUUAUGUGGUCGGCCGCAACAAAUUUCAUGCCACUUGUUGGAGCUGUGGUUGCUGAUUCAUACUUGGGCAGAUUUCAUACAAUUGGAUUUGGAUCUAUUGUCUGUCUCAUGGGGAUUAUUAUCCUGUGGUCGACAGCGGUGAUCCCACAAGCGAGCCCUCCGCCAUGUGAUCAGUCGAGCAACGUUUGCAUCUCUGCAACGACCCUCCAGAUUAUGUAUCUAUGCCUCUCGUUUGGACUAAUUUCUAUCGGGGCAGGAGGUAUUAGGUCGUCUUCGUUGGCCUUUGGUGCGGAUCAGUUGGAAAAGAAGGGAUUCCACAACAGCCCCGGUGUCAAACAGAGCUACUUCGGCUGGUACUACGCUUCUUACACGUUGUCUGUCCUUGUUGCCCUAACUUGUGUCGUAUAUAUUCAAGAGAACUUGGGAUGGGGAGUCGGUUUUGCAGUUCCCGGUGUGCUCAUGCUGGUCUCUGUCACCUCUUUCUUUCUGGCUUCCCCCUUUUACGUCAGAUUCAAGAGUAGCUCGAGUUUGAUCACCGGCUUCAUUCAAGUGGGCGUAGCUGCUUUCAGAAACCGGCACCUCAAGUUGUCGGACAGCACGAGGGAUGUAUACCACUGCAAGAACGGCUCUGGCCUUGUGUUCCCGAGUGAAAAGCUAAGGUUUCUGAAUAAGGCCUGCAUUGUAAGAGACGCUGAGAAAGAGUUGACAACUGACGGGAGGGCCGCGAAUCCAUGGCGGCUUUGUACAGUUGAACGAGUCGAGGAGCUGAAGGCGCUUCUGAGAGUCGUCCCGAUAUGGUCCUCAGGGAUGAUCAUGUCGAUAAACUUGAGCCAGAGCACUUUUCCGUUGCUCCAAGCAGUCUCAAUGGACCGGCAUAUAACUUCGAGUUUUGAGAUCCCGGCCGCCUCGUUUAGCGUGUUUGUGGUCGUGGCCGUUAUCCUAUGGGUCAUUCUCUACGACCGCGUGUUUCUCCCCUUAGCAUCCCGCAUCAAGGGGAGACCCGUUCGUGUGAGUACUAGAGCAAGAAUGGGGAUCGGGAUCUUCCUCUCGUUCCUAGCCAUGAUCGUCUCGGCCAUGGUGGAGGCCAUCCGUCGAUUCAUUGCCAUCAAGGAUGGAGAAGUUAACAGCCCACAGUCCGUCGUGGCCAUGUCAGCGCUAUGGCUCGUCCCACAGAACUUCCUCACGGGGUUCGCAGAGGCCUCCAACGCGAUUGCACAGAACGAGUUCUACUUCUCCGAGCUCCCGAGAAGCAUGUCGAGCAUAGCCUCCACGCUUCUCGGGAUCGGGAUGUGCCUAGCGAACAUCCUCGCAAGCGCGAUCAUGAACAUGGUCGACUACUUUUCGAAGCAAGACGGGGACGAGAGCUGGAUCUCGAGCAACAUCAACAAGGGCCACUUUGAUUACUACUACCUUGUUCUUGCUGGUUUGAGCAUGGCUAACAUGUUGUAUUUUCUCGGUUGUAGCGCCGCGUUCGGGCCAUCGAGGGAUGAUGGAAAGCCGCCGGAGGAAGAGGAUGAGUGUGACUUGUGAGUUUCUCAUCUUUAUGUGUCUAUAUUUACAAUAAAAAGUGAUGAUAUGAAGACUUGCAGAAGUUCUUGAAAUUAAGAACUCCUAUGUUUUAGGGCUUACGAGGUUAUGUAUGUAGUAAUUAUAAACAUACUUCUCACUAUACAUAGGUCAAGUUCCGAGAUUUAUUUGAAUCUUGGAGUUUUUUUUUCUUGAGGCACCAUCUUUGAAUUUUUAUGCCAAAAUAUGGUGCAAAAUGUACUUUUAUUUCACUAUUAGGGUUAUCAUGUAUCGAGAUAUCGUUGUUUCUUGUGUAAAUUUGACUUGUGAAAAUGUAUAAGUUGUAAUAUAGAAUGUGCAAAUGAAAGUUUGUUCACUUAUUUACAUUUUAA